AUGACAUUUUCACGACAGUUUGCUGAGUGCGUCACCGGUGGAAAGGGCGCAGAAGACGCGGGUGGCGGAACCGGCCGUGGAGCGACACGGUGCUCGAAAGGUCAUCUCAUCACCUCAAGGACGAUGUCGAGUAGUAGCAGACGGCAAACCGUGACGACCGUGCCUCGGACCCGGCUGGUGGCACUGGGGCUGUGCUGGAUGCUCGCGAUGGCCAGCCACGCCGGUGCUUCCUACUCCGAUACGGACGAUCUAAUCAACGAGCUCGAUCGACCGAUUCCCAUCACAACGGUCAGCGGAGUGUUGGGCAAACAGGCCAGCCUACCGUGCGACAUCACGCCACUCGAGCGGGACGAUGCCGUGUACAUGGUGCUGUGGUUCAAGGAGGACGACAACGAACCACUCUACAACUUUGACGUGCGGGGACGCCAGGUAGCCCAGGCACGGCUCUCCUCGUCGGACAAGUACUUCGGCAAGCGGGCCUUUUUCCGCGCAACGACACAUCCGGCCCAGCUGCUGGUGGACGAGAUUAAACUUUCCGACGAAGGGAUGUACCGGUGUCGCGUUGACUUUCGCAACUCGCCCACGCGAAAUCUGAAAAUAAACUUCACUGUGAUAGUGCCACCGGAUCGGCCCAUCAUCUAUGAUUCGCGGCGCCGGGAAAAGGCAAACACGGUCGAACCAUACAGCGAGGGCAGCGACAUUGCGCUGAUCUGCGAGGUCAAAGGAGGACGUCCUCGGCCGAACGUUACCUGGUACCUCGACAACAGUGUCAUCGAUGAGUCGUUCGAAACCCGACCAGACGGAACGACGGUCAAUCAUCUGUCCUAUCCAAACAUUGGCCGACAGCAUCUGGACGCACGGUUGAUGUGCGUCGCGAGCAAUACGAACCUGACGCCGCCCAACAAUAAAGUAGUCGUCCUGGACGUUAACCUCAAACCGGUCGCGGUCCACAUCAUGGCCAAGGAAAAGUUCGUCUCCGCCGACAAGCGGUACGAGAUUGAGUGCAAAAGUUCGGGCUCCCGCCCAGAAGCGGCCAUUUCGUGGUGGAAAGGAACCCGCAUGCUGAAACGCGUAACGAAGAACUUCUCCGAGACCGGCAACCAAUCACUCAGCGUUAUAUCGUACACGCCGACGGUGGACGACGAUGGCAAAUAUUUGACUUGCCGGGCCGAGAACCCGCUCAUCCCGGACAGCGCAAUCGAGGACAAGUGGCGACUGGUGGUGCAUUACAUGCCGAUCGUGACGCUCAAAAUGGGAUCAUCCCUUAAUCCGGACGACAUUAAGGAGGGUGACGACAUAUACUUCGACUGCCACAUCCAAUCGAAUCCUAAACCGUACAAGCUCGCCUGGUAUCACGAUGGAAACGAACUCCAUCAUAACGUCACAGCUGGCAUCAUCCUGUCCGACCACUCGCUGGCCCUGCAAGGCGUGUCCCGCAGCCUGGCCGGGGACUACACCUGCAUGGCGGCAAACACCGAGGGCCGCGGUACGAGCAAUCACGUCACACUUCGCGUGCGCUAUGCACCGGUGUGUGCAGUGGACCGCGAGGAACUGUUGGGCGCUCUCAAGCACGAAACGCUACAGCUGAAGUGUGAAGUCGAUGCGUCUCCACCGGCCGAAUCCUUCCACUGGACGUUCAACUCAUCCGGCGAACAAACCGAACUACCGUCCCGGCUACACUCGAGCGAGACCGGUCUAUCGAGGCUUAAUUACACGCCGACAUCCGAUCUGGACUACGGGACGAUAUCCUGCUGGGGACGGAACGCGAUCGGUGUGCAGAAGUCACCCUGCGUCUUCCAAGUCGUCGCUGCAGGACGCCCGUUUGCAUUGCAGAACUGUUCCGUGUCGAAUCAAUCAGCCGACUCCCUGCACAUCGAGUGCAUCGAGGGUUUCGAUGGUGGGCUGCCACAGAUGUUUCUGCUGGAGCUGGUCGAGGUGCCCGUUCUGCGAUUAGUUAGAAAUUUAAGCUUACAGCAUCCUCCGGUACAGUUCUUCAUAGAUAACCUCGAGCCGGGCAGCUCGUACCGCAUCAUACUGUUCGCCGCCAACGCCAAAGGCCGCUCGGAACCGGUCAUAAUAGAUGAUAUUACCUUCAAGGGUGUGGCCAAAUACACAGGCGUGUCCAACAUUAUGAAUGUUCCUUUAUCACCGGUAUUGGCCGCAUUAACACUCACCGUGGCCAUCCUGUUCGCCGUAGUGUGCAUCGUACUGGCAACCAUCUACCGGCGACAUGCGAGCAAAAACACGACCAAAAAACUGAAGCCCACCAAAACCGCCCAGCUGACCUCGACGCCCGACUGCCAGCUCGAGUCGACCGUACAUCAUCAGACGCACGAUCCGAACGGCAUCCAGACGCCGCUGGUAGACAGUGGGGUGGGUGGGAUCGGCCGGCGGGGUAGUCCCACGAUGGGUGGCGAACCACCGGACGGGGAUGAAACCGAUCCGGAUGUGAUACCGAAUCAGUAUGAACGAAGGCCACCGAAGACGACACUACCUACGCCGCUGUUCCGCAGCCCGUCAGCAAGACUGAUACACCGCAAUGGCGGUGAGCAUCUGCUCCACGAGGAGGAGCGACAUUGUGAUGGAUCCAGUCUGGCCUCGCUGAACGGGUCAAACACUGAAGUACAUCAUUAUUCGUUUAAGCCUAGUAAACAAAUCAGUUAUGCCACCUUGGGUCGGGCAAACAAUAGCAGCGUCACCUCGACGCUCAGUCCACUAAGUCAGCAAGCGUCAACGGGGACGCUGCCACUGCCGUCGAUGUCCGUUACCGGGGUCGGUGCCGUCGGGAGCCUGCUGAGCAGUCCCGCCUCCCAGUCGCUGGUCACCUCGACGCUGAACGAGUACCGGUUUCGGCCCGAGGUGGUCACCACAUCCAACCGAAUACAGGAAAGUUGUAUAUAA